GCUAGUUAAGUAAGGUUGUGUUUCUUCAAAGUCUGCCGCCUAUGAACAUUGUGCUGUCAUAUCAUUGUCAAAGCACAUUAGUAAGAGUGCUGGAUCGUGUGUAGAACACAGAGUAUAGUACACCAUGGAGAGGCUGGCUGUUCUCUUGACACUGGCUGUGGUCAGUAUUGCAUUUGUGGAGUGUGGUAGAACUGAGAGGUGGUUAUGGCCAAGAGACCUGGAAGACCUCGGUAGUGGCUCUGAUAACUAUGAGUCUGUCACCCCAGCAUCUCCUGAGUCUUCAACAAGGACCACAGAGUCUCAAGCAGCAACUCUCGAGGCCGAAUCAUAUCCUAGUUCUUUUCAGAUGAUUACAUCAUUCCAAACAACUUCACUACCUUCAAUGAUGGCCAAAAUAGAGUUCUCUUCUGCCAUGCCACUGUUAGCUACAAGGCCCUCUUCAGUCACAAACAGCACUGAGAUGCCUGAAGCAACUUCAACACUUUCCAUUACAGCCACACCGGUUUUCUCUAGCAGACUAACGUCUGAGAUAUCGGCCACAGCCACUACAACAUAUUCUGGAGUCAAAACCAUUAGUUUCCGUACAACCCCACAACUUGAGAAAACUUCACAACUCUCUGUGGGAGUUGCACCAUCCUCUACUGCAGUGAUACCCAAACUAACACCAGAAGUACUUGGCACUGGAACAUCUUCUGCUGCUGCCACAUUCCCCCUCUCUGAAGUGACAGUGAUAUCUGGUGAAGAAAGCCCCAGACUGGUCCGCUCUCUACCUCUCUCAACCUCUGCCCUGCCAACCCCUUCUCUCAAAACCAAACUAGCUCACAUCGAACUGACACCCACAACACCACCAGAGGGGGUACACACUUCUCCACUCAGCUUCAAAUCCCUGGCAACUGCAACUCUCCCCUCACUGCUUCCCAAAUCAUCCAACUUUUUCACCUCUACUCUCUUCCUGGCUGCCGGAGGGGGUGGUGCUGCAGCCCUACUCCUGGCGCUAGUUCUCCUGGUGUCAGUACUAGUUGCCUGUAGGAAGAGAAUGAGAAGAAGGUGUCCCUGCUGCAGGACCUCUCACAAGAUUGAAGGCCCCAUCAUUUCAGUCUCCUAUCGCGGCUCAAACCAGAGAGAGAGGGAGAGCUACUUCAUUAAGACUAAUGAAUUGGGUUCCACCUCUGCCUUUACCACACGUCGGGGAGAAGGCGACGCCAGUAAAGAGUUUACGACAUUUUUCACCACUCCGUCUUUCAGUGGGCCCAGCAGCAUGCCUCCUGCAGAUCCAGUCACAUAUGAUGCGGAUCCAUUCACUAAUGUAGAGCCACCAGUGACACACUAUGUGGACCCAGUAUCAAGGGAUCAUCAAGAAGUGAAGAGUGUAAAGUUCAAGAGUCUUGAGAGGAGCUGGAAACUUUCUCCUCAACAUCAGAGAAAAGAAGGAGGAGAAAGAGGGGAAGUGGAGGACAUUGAUGAUGACUUCAGACUUUCUGACCUAGAAAACCUCGAGAAAGUGUUGGACAGUGCUCUGAUCCGGUUUGAAACAUCAACGCUCUAGCCAGGACUCUGCCCAUUUAUACCUCACAGUUCUCCCUCAGUCUUUAGUUUAGAAUGAGAUUUAUGGUCGUAUCAGAGAAUGACAGUAUCAGCUAAUAUAAUAUUAUAAUAAUGCAGUGUUCUAGAAAACUAUAAUGCUUAA